AAAACCUCAAAUCAUAAACGUCUCUCAGGUCUAAAAUCCCCCCCAUCUCUACAUACCACCAACCACACACCCUCAAUCUCCCACAAACCUCAAUUGAGCAUCCCUCACAGACCGACAUCAUGCUCUCUCAAUUAAGGGCUUCAACUGCUCGAUCGGCCACCUCGGCCAUCACCCGUGUCGUCAGGAUAAACGCCGCCAGAACAUUUAUCGCUCCUACAGUUUCGCGACGAGCCGACUUCGUCCAAGAGCUCUACCUCAAAGAACUAAAGGCCUACAAGCCUACGCCGAUUAAGGACUCUGACGCCGUCGGCCAAGUCCAAACUUUCACAGCACCUAAGACCCCCAAGUCUCCCGAAGAGGCCGAUCUCGCUAGCAGCCUAAAGGAAUACGAAAGCAUGGCCGUUGAGGUUGAAGGUAACGAGGGUGUCACCGCCUCAACGCCUGCUGUCGUUGAAGAUUGGCUUGUCGAGGAAGAGGACGAAGAGCCUGCCCACCAUUAGACGUGAAUUAUGAUAAGAUAGGAUAUGAACAAAACCGCUCAGCGGAAAGAGAUACCGAGAAGAGAAGACACGCGAGAGAGCCUAGCGUUUAGCCAUCCGUCUGAGGAAGAAGAGGAAGAGGGAGAAAGAGGAGGUUGGGGAGAGUAAUUAUGACUUGUACAUUUAUUCCUAGGAUCGCCGUUGCCGAAUCAUAAAAGAUCCUUCGUUCCGAAAGAA